AUGACCAACCCUGCCCGCGUUGUCUUCGCCCGUGACACUCGUGCUUCUGGUUCUCGUCUGGUUGGUGUCCUGAACUCUGCCCUUACCGCAACCGAGGCCGAGUUUGUCGACUUCAAGUACAUGACCACACCGCAACUUCACUACGUUGUUCGCUGCAAGAAUACCCUUGGAACACAAUACGAGUACGGAGAGCCCACUGAGCAGGGUUACUAUGAGAAGCUCGCCAACUCCUUCAAGAAAGUCAUGAGGGGAGUCAAGGUCCAAAACUCCUUGACUGUUGACUGCGCCAACGGUGUCGGUGGUCCCAAGUUGAGAGAACUCAUGAAGUUCCUGAGCGGAAUCGAUAUCAAGGUUGUGAACGACGAUGUCAUCAACCCUGAUGCCCUCAACUUCGAUUGUGGCGCCGAUUACGUUAAGACCAAGCAACGCGCUCCUCCUUCCUCCAAGGCCGCGGCGCUUGACCGCUGUGCCUCUCUCGACGGCGAUGCUGAUCGUCUGGUCUACUACUUCCAGGACGAGAGCAACGUCUUCCGUCUUCUCGACGGAGACCGCAUCGCCACUCUCGCCGCCUCAUUCAUCGGAGAUCUCGCCCGCAAUGCCGGCAUCGCCUCCAAGCUGAAGAUCGGCGUCGUGCAAACCGCCUAUGCUAACGGCGCAAGCACAGACUACAUCGAAAAGGUCCUCAAGCUCCCCAUCAUCUGCACCAACACCGGCGUGAAGCACCUCCACCACGCAGCCCUGCGCUUCGAUGUCGGCGUCUACUUUGAAGCCAACGGCCACGGCACCGUCACCUUCUCCGAAAACGCCCUGAAAGUCAUCAAGAACACCGAGCCCCAGUCUCCCGCACAGCAGCACGCCCUUGAGAGCCUCCAGGCUCUGACCGACCUGAUCAACCAGGCCGUCGGCGACGCCCUGUCCGACAUGCUCCUUGUCGAGGCCAUCCUCGCCCACAAGGGCUGGUCCCCCAAGGAGUGGCUUGGAACCUACACCGAUCUUCCCUCGCGUCUCGUGCGCGUCGAAGUCAACGACCGCUCCAUCUUCAAGGCCUACGAUGCCGAGCGCAAGCUCGAGUCCCCUGUCGGUCUGCAGGGUACUAUUGAGUCUCUCCAGUCCCGCUACAACAAGGGUCGUAGCUUUGCCCGUGCGAGCGGUACUGAGGACGCGGUCCGUGUCUACGCCGAGGCUGCUAGCCGUUCUGAGGCAGAUGACUUGGCCACCCGCGUUGCUAACGCUGUUAGCGAGGCGGGCAGCGCUUAA